AUGACUCUACAACUCAACCAAGAGAUGGAAAGUACAUGCAGUAUGCAGCGCAUCUUCAUUGACCCAACUCAUGAUCAGUCUCCCACACGGGAUCUACCCGCCUCGAUCAUUCCGCCCAACAUUCUCCCUCCAUCCAAGGCAAUUCAAUCUCACCCGACCACGGACGGAGGUAUCGACAAUGCAUCCAUUUACUACGUCGGUGCAGCAACGAUCAUCAUAAGAGAGUGGACAGGCAUUCGAAUUCUGACAGACCCCAAUUUCAUCCAUGCUGGGACCCACGCGCAGUUCGGUGGAGGAGUCUCGAGCGAGCGGCGUACCAACCCCGCGGUGGAACUCCAUGAUCUACCCCGAAUUGAUCUUAUUUUGCUGUCGCAUUUUCAUGGGGACCACUUUGAUCAAAAAGUCGAAGCCUCCCUCCGCCGAGAUGUACCCAUCAUCACCAACCCCCAUGCAAAGGCCCAGCUCACGGCUCGAGAUCAAGACCCGUUCACCAACGUCUCGGCUCUCCGUCCGUGGGAGACUGCGCUGAUCGAGAUCGGUGGCACGGGAGGUACAAAACGACCAUUACUUCGUGUGACAGGUACAACUGCGCAGCACGUCUCUAGUAAUGCUGUUGUUGAGUUGUUGAACAAAUGGGCUCAGGCAAUUCCACCCACCAAUGGCUGGAUCCUCGAACUCGGCACGAGCGCCAACUCCCACGACAUGACCGACUUCAACGCAGGCUACCGCAUCUACAUCACCGGCGACACUCUCAUGAACGAAUCUCUCCAUUCCAUCCAUCAGCGAUGGAACCCCAAACACGAGCCCAUCAAUCUGAUGCUCGCGCAUCUCGGAGGAACGAUGAUUCCCUCGCCCGCCGUCUCACCAUUCGCUUUCCAGGUCUCCAUGGAUGCAGGACAAGCCGUACGGUUGAUCAAGUUGAUUGAGCCGGAGGUGACCAUUCCACUCCACUAUGAGGACUACGUGAAUCAGGCGAGUUCGCUGGCAGAGUUUACAGAGCAGGUCAAGCUGGCGGGAUUAGAAGGGCAAGUGGUGAUUUUGGAACGGAGAGAGAGUUUCCAGUUCCGAGUUCGGGAACCGGUUGGACGGGUGAGGGUGGAGGAUGUUUACUUUGGGGGUGGGAGGGAUAUAGGUCUCUAG